GCUCGCCGCUGCCGGGGCUCGCCGAGCCGCCGCUGGUGCACGCACACACCCCCGUACAUUGUCCGAGCGAGCCGCCGCCGCCGCCGCUGCAGCCAGAGAGCGCCCCAGGGCUCGGUGCCAAUGCGGGCUGGGCGCUGCCAGCCGGGGGCUUCUCCACCACCCCGGUGGAAAGUUCACCUUCGCCUGGGCCCGCCGCUCCAUUGAUCCAGAGCGGCCGCCGCCGGGCAGGGAGGCAGGAUCUGCGGCUCUGGCCGGGAGGGGGAUUUUUUUUUUUUUUGGCCUUUUCCCUCCAAACUUUGUGCGCGCGCCUCCCGCAGAAGCCCCCCCCCCCCCCCGCCACCGCACCCGCAUCUCCGCUGAGGAUUUGCCUCUCUGCCGCGCAAGGAUAAGCCGCCCGGGCGGGGGUGAGCGCUGGGGGAAUUGAGCCAUCCCCGACAACGAGGGGACCACCACUUUCUACAGGGCCAGAGUGGCCAACAACAGGGUGGUUUUUAAUGGACCAGUAAGGAAAGGUGUCUGUCCAACUGGUUUCUGGAAUUUGGAAGUUGCCCAGGAGGAGACUACACCAGGUGCCAGCACCUCUGCUGCUCUCACUUGAACACAGAAGUUGGCACAGAGCACACCAGUGCCUGGUGGUGGUGCUGCUGGAGACGAGACCCUGAGCUGGGGUCAGCGGGAAGAUGACCGAGUAUAAGCUGGUGGUGGUUGGAGCAGGUGGCGUUGGGAAGAGCGCUUUGACAAUACAGCUCAUUCAGAACCAUUUUGUUGAUGAAUAUGACCCCACGAUAGAGGAUUCCUACAGAAAGCAGGUAGUUAUUGACGGAGAGACCUGUCUGUUAGACAUCUUGGACACGGCGGGUCAAGAGGAGUACAGCGCCAUGCGAGACCAGUACAUGCGGACGGGGGAGGGCUUCCUGUGCGUCUUUGCCAUUAACAAUACAAAAUCCUUUGAAGAUAUUCACCAGUACAGAGAGCAGAUCAAGAGAGUGAAGGAUUCAGACGAUGUCCCCAUGGUGCUGGUGGGAAACAAGUGUGACCUUCCGGCCCGGACAGUGGAAACCCGGCAGGCGCAGGACCUGGCCAGGAAUUACGGAAUCCCCUACAUAGAGACAUCAGCGAAAACCAGACAGGGUGUUGAAGAUGCCUUCUAUACCUUAGUGCGGGAGAUCCGGCAGCACAAACUACGCAAGCUGAAUCCACCGGAUGAAAGUGGCCCAGGCUGCAUGAAUUGUAAAUGUGUGAUAUCAUGACCAAGUUGACCAGACCGUGACUUGGAGGGGUUUCCACUGUGCGGCGCAGGCAGAGAGCGGUGACACAAAAGAAGCAGCAAAUGGAUUCAGGGGAGGAGUGUGGGGGAGGAGGGAGACACAGAGGGUAUCUUGAGCCUCACACGGACUGUCUCAAACUUCAUCAAGGCUUGUGACAAGCAACUUUUUCCCCCCCUCCCCGUCUCCUUUUGCCUCCUCCUCCUCUCCCAGCAACUGUACAAAGCCACAGAUUGAAUCGCAGUAAAUUAUUAUUUGAUGGUCUCAACAAA